AUGAAAAUGCCCAGUGUCGACCUUGCUGUCACCUCGCCCGCCUCAGCAGAACAUCCGGACCGGCUCCUGUUCAAGGCUCACAAGUCGCUUCCUCGACGGGUCGAUGCAAACCCAAACCCAGUCGCUCAAACAUCGAGUCCGAGACACGAUGGCCAAUGCUCGAAUGGCCUACCUCUGGCGACCGCUCCAAACCUCCCAUUGACACCCCCGGGUAUUGCUAUGGAUGAUUCUCCGACCGAGGCGGAAAUGCAGAACGCGACUCCUCACUCGGGCCUUGCGACGCUUACACCAUCCAAACCUUCGCAUCCUCCCACCCCGGAAACAACACCUCCCAGGAGUAUGAUUACAAACCGGCCGGGGUUGGGCCACUUUGGUUAUAUUUCUUCCUCAUCGCGGGCGGAAUCUUUCCAAACGGCUUACGAGAGGAUGUCCGACAGUGAAACGGAAGCUGUCACUCCGCGUCCUUCGCCGCCGUCCUUAUCGCGGUCAACUACACAGAAGAGCACUCGAAGCACCAGGAGCACCAAAAGCACUCGAAGCACUCGCAGUAAAGGUGGAACUGAUCCAAGGACUAGAGAGACUACACCUGCUGGUGACCAAUCUCCCAGCUUCCGUGCGUCGUCCCGCUCAUCAAAGAUCCCUGUCGAUGCACUCUACCAAAGCUAUGGAAAGAAAUCUCCGACCGCUGUUCCCUGCAGACAAGUAUCUUCGAGUGGCCAAGUCCCAGAGCUUCGCAUAAAGCCUACACGCGAAAGGUCAACACAAUCUCGCAAUGGAACGGAUGCCGAUACCUCCCACGUAGACGGUUCCACGCGAGGAAGAAGAAGCUUACGGGACCGUGUGGCACAUGUGCAACAUUUCGAUGAUAAUACGGCCCUGGAUCAAUUCCGUCAGCAAAUCGGCUGGCCGUCGGCGGAUGACCAACUUGGCCCGUCUGAGCGGGAGGAUUCUCGACGCCUGUCGGGCGUGUCCACGUCUUCCACUGUCGAAGCCAUGAUCAUUGACACGACGCCCAAGCCAGCCAGGCGGGCUCUCCGCCACUCGGGAAAAAGGCUAUCCUUGCGCUCGGCGAGCUCCCCUAUCACACGGUCUGAGCGAACCUCAAUUGCUUCCAGCUCAGACUUCCAGCGACGACUGAGUCACAAAACUGCGCGUAUCACAGAGAACGAUCGGAGGAGCAUCGUGUCAGAGAUUUCAAUUUCUGGGAGUUCGACUUUGGGCGCCCCACAACAGUCGGUGGACGUGGUGCCGGUGAUUGUAAUUCCUCAACGAAGCUCGUCUUUAAAUCGUCCUUCGAAUGUGACUAGCAGGAACCCAUCCGUAUCGCGCUCCCUGGCGUCCAGUCGAGGGCCAUCAGCGCCCAAGAACCGACCCGGGUCUCUGGAUCUUCCACGCCAGAGAAAGCGUACUCUAUCUGAGCCACAUGCCGCCAAUGUCGCAGACACUCGAGGACGAACUCUGAACCGACCAUAUAUUCCUCCGCGUAGCUCGUCAUUAUCCGCGCCUACAAGCCAAAACAACUCCCGGACAACUUCGCUUACUUCAGAAAGCCUACGGAGCCAUAAUCUAGCCGUUGAACAGGGAAUGAAACGUCAGCAAGAGCCCACUAACUUGGCACCCGCACCUGUGUCUGUUCCGGUAGCUGCGCCAGUUCCGGUACCUGCUCUAGAUGCUCCUGGGCAUGCUAGACAUGACUCUGCGGAUCUUCCCAAAACUCAGUCCAUCCUGAUCGGAGUUGAAGACCUAAGCUACCUGCGGCCUCCAUCGGUGCUUUUUACUCCACACUCGAUCCCGUCUUCUUCGCCCGGCCCAUUUGAGAUCAAUGAGGUGAGACGAGUGGCAAUAUUUCCACACAACAAUGAGUCCCUCCUUCUGGUCAAUCCGCUGGGGCAGUUUGGUCUGCAAGAGCAACUGCGCCCCGUCAACCUACCACAAACUCCUGAAAUGGUGCAGGAGCCUAUUUCUGAUGUAGAUUCGCCGCUGCGAAACCCACGGCCGCCUCCCCAGCCACCGAUCUCUACUGCCAUCUGGGAAAACGAACUGGAUCUGAACCAGCCGUUGGGUGAAGGCAAUGCUGAGCCAGAGGCGACAGGCGGUCUUAAUCGCAGACCCGGAUAUAAGAGACGGGGGUGGAUUGGACGACCGCGCUCUGAGUCUUUCAAUUCGUUUGUGCGAUCACUCUCGCUCAACUCGGCCAAAAAUCCCAAAGCCGGAGAGGAUAUCGACGGCCGGCUCCAGCCUUUCUGGCGUCCGCGUCGGUUUUGGGAUGAUUCGCCUGAAAAUCUCUCACCAGAGGAGGAAAAUGGUGCUGAGACCCAAAACACAAAGCAACCAGAUGAGGUUAUCAGUAAUUCGCUGGGCAUGCCCCAGAGGCGACUUGUCUUUGAUGGGCCUACACUCUCCCCGAGCCGUCAUGGCGCCAAGCGAAGAAUUGUGGGCCAUCACCGUGCGAACAGAGACGCUCUCGUGGGAAGCCGCAUCUUCACACAGGAGGCUUUGUACUCCCAGACCUCUCUUCACCAGCGCCAGUUUCCCGCAGUAUCCUGGUGGCGUCUACGCUUUCGAUCCGGAAUCGUACGCUCCCUGCGCUGGCGGCUUCGACGCUCGAUGCAGCGCCGCGCGGAGGAUAGACGUGAAGCGCGCCGAGAGAAACUAAAACAGAGCAUUGGCGAAGCCGUCCUGGUAAACUCGAGCAUCCAAGUUCGGAGAACCACAGUACAAACAUGA